CGGGGGUAGCACUAGUGGAAUUACCAACAACGACUCCUCGAUACAGCGAAUUCCUCGAGCCAAAUUUCCAAGAUUUCUGGGCUUUUUGGGCACUUGCCGAAACAAGUCGUCGCGCUUCCAUUCCUCGUAUGUCCAUGGCGACAAGCUUGCCCCUCCCUCAACACUUCUUCUUGUGCCCGCCGCUGACUGACGGCGAAGUUGCCCACUUCCUAGUCCAAGCCAGUCAAAACGCCAUGAAUGUCGUACGUGUUAAGAUGCCUUUCACAUCUUGUGCUGGCAUCGUUGGACUUUGUGGGGUUUGUUGCAGGUGUCUAAAGCACAGCUCCGAGGCGGUUGUGUGCCAUGGACGCUCAUGUCGGACGAAGCCGACGCGAAGAUCUACAAAGCGUAUGACGAGUCGAACGGCAGCACGUUGCAUUGUGGCGUCACACAAGUUGUGGGCACAAUCGAAGAAGUGGCGGCCCUGUUCAAAACGGAAACGACCGAAGACGCGAAAGAGUAUUGCCGACGUUUUGGCAAUCGACUGCUGGACGCAGUUGUGCUGUACAAUGUCAAGCCGUCGUCCGCCGACACGCCUCUGGAGAAGGUCGGCAUUUCUUGGCGGGCGUUCAAGUCCCCUGGUGGCAAAAUCAUUCUAAAUCGCGACACGUGUGUCCUCGAAAGCCACCACGAAUUCAAGCUCGGCACGCAACGGGGAUGGGUCUGCGCCUUGACAUCUAUCGAGCACCCGUGUUGUCCAGACUUGGAACAGGAGCUUGGGUUGGUGCGCAUGCAGAAUUACGGCAGCGGCCACGUCGUAGUUGAGUCCAAGACGCGGCCGGGGUACUUGGAUAUCACGUACGUCACCCACGUCGACGUGAGCUUGGGCAAGUCCGAGUGGGUACUCGAUGCCGUGCUCCGUCAAAAGAGCUGGCUCGCCGACAUUUCGAUGAAGAAGCGGUGUCGCAACGUCGCCAAGAUCGAUCAGUUCCUGCGAGAAAACCGGCUGAGUCAGUCGCGGCUGCUCCAAUGCGAUGCCAUGGUGCCGGUGGCGUCCUGCCGCAAGUGCUUCCUCUGUCAAUCCAAUUUUGGGCCAUGGAAAAAGCGAUGGAAUUGCCUCAAGUGUGGUCAGGUCGUUUGCACAGGAUGCAGUCGGUUGUGGCAAUUGGUGGGCGGCGACUCGAGUCGUCGAAAGCCCGCUAGGUUUUGUACGAUGUGUAGCUCGGCGCCUCGCACGCACAUGCCCACCGUGAUCGACGUGAAGCGGUGCAAUGUUGGUGGGAACUCAAACCGAGGCCGCCGAGGCCAGUGGCAUCCCAUUCGAGACCUGCGCAAUUCGGCCAACUCGAUCAACGACGCAACAACCAUCGCUUCAUCAGACAGCGAGCCACCCAACCACGACCGGUUCGUCUUGCUAGCUCCGAAACAAAACACUGCGCAUGACGUGGUCCUGACGAAAGUGUGAACGAAGAAUUCGACCUUGAGAUCCUGAGUUCGAGCCAAGGACUGUAGGGGGACGUAACAAUGAACCGGCCAAACUUUGCUGUAGGUUUCGUGGGUGUUUGGGUGUUUGGGACAGGCAUGCUGUCAAAAAUGUGCUUUCGGGGGCGGCAGCCGACAUGUACCUUUCGCAACAAGAUGUCGUCGAUUCGGUUCGACUUAGAACCUUCGACUUAGAGCUUUAGAACAUUCAUCCUUGUCGUCCUGCUAGAGGGACGCCUGUACAUUAGAAAGCUACAUCCUAAUGACUUUUACAUUUGCCCGCAACAG